CCAGACUCCGCAUAGCCUUCUCUCUCUCUCCCCCUCAACCCCUCUCUGAAACAAAAAUAACCCUUUUCUCUCACUAGAAUUUAUGCGUGUAUAAAUAAAUUUGCAAUUUUGUUUGGUAACUGAAUUUGCAUUAGCUGAUAAAAAAUCAUAAACACAAAUUAAAACAAGUAGUAGAAGACGAAGCAAAAGAAGAAGAGGAGGAGGGCAUAUUGUAGAGGAGGUUGAGCAUGCCCUCUAUUUGUAUUCUCAUUAUGCCUCCUCUCAGAUCUUAAAUUAUCAAUUUUGAUGAGAUUUACCAUCUGGGCUUUUCUUUAAUCGGCUUGAUUGAUUCUAGAUUGUUGGUUGGCUGAUUGAUCGUUGAAGGAUCUGAUAAGUUUUUGGUUUUUGUGUCAAACACAAACAUUGGAGUUCUGUUGUGUGCUUUUUCUUAAUUGUCUAAAUAAAGUGUAAAACACGUUUACUGAGUUGAAGCGGGCUUUCGAUUGUGUAAAAAGAGAUUAAAGAGAAAAACAAAAAAUGCAAUCUGACAGUGGCAAGCUAUUCAUUGGUGGAAUUUCAUGGGACACCAAUGAAGAAAGGCUCAAGGACUAUUUUCAAUCUUUUGGGGAGGUAGUAGAGGCUGUGAUAAUGAAGGAUCGCACCACAGGGCGUGCCCGUGGAUUUGGCUUUGUUGUCUUCUCUGACCCAUCUAUUGCAGAGAGAGUCAUUAAAGAAAAACACAGCAUUGAUGGCAGAAUGGUUGAAGCAAAAAAGGCUGUUCCCAGGGAUGAUCAGAACAUGCUGAGCAGAAACAGUGGCGGUAGCAUCCAUGGUUCUCCUGGUCCAGGGCGUACAAAAAAGAUCUUUGUAGGAGGCUUAGCAUCCACUGUUACAGAAAGUGACUUUAGGAAAUAUUUUGACCAGUUUGGGCUCAUCACAGAUGUUGUGGUGAUGUAUGAUCAUAACACACAGAGGCCAAGGGGAUUUGGGUUCAUCACUUAUGAUUCUGAGGAGGCAGUGGACAAAGUUUUGAUGAAGACUUUUCAUGAACUGAAUGGCAAAAUGGUUGAGGUUAAGCGAGCUGUUCCCAAAGAGUUAUCACCCGGUCCCAGUCGCAGCCCACUUGGUGGAUAUAACUAUGGCCUAAAUAGGGUUAAUAGCCUCCUUAAUGGCUACACUCAGGGAUAUACUCCAGGUGCAGUUGGAGGUUAUGGACUUAGAAUGGAUGAUAGGUUCAGUCUGGUUGCUGGUGGUCGAAGUGGUUUCCCUCCAUUUGGUUCUGGUUAUGGAAUGGGUUUGAAUUUUGAGCCAGCAUUGAGCCCUAGUUAUGGGGGGGAUGCAAAUUUUAAUAGCAAUCUCAGCUAUGGUCGAGGAAUGAGUCCUUACUACAUUGGUAAUACCAAUAACCUUGCUAGACCUGUAGGAUAUGAUGGAGGUAAUGGAGGAAAUACUUCAUUUUUCAGCUCGGCAACGAGAAAUCUGUGGGGAAACGGGGGGCUCAAUUAUAACACCAACUCUACAAGUUCAAAUGCAUACAUGGGAUCUGGAACUGGAAGCCUUGGAGGAAGCACCUUUGGCAACAGUGGAGCUAAUUGGGGUUCUUCAUCUCUUUCAGGUCAAGGUGGAGGAAAUAAUGUUUCUAAUAGCAGUCUGAAUUUUGGGCAUGGAAGUGGUGAAAAUAGUUUUGGUCAGGGCAUGGGUAGUUAUGCAAGAAAUAGUGGGAAUAAUGGGGCCCCAACAUCAUCAUAUGCUGCAUCAAAUGGUAGCUUUGAUGGAGCAUUUGCUGAUCUUUAUGGUGGUAAUUCAGAUUACAGGUACCCCACUUGGCAGCCGUCAAAUUCCGAGCGAGAUGGAUCUGGUUCUUUUGGUUAUGGCCUCGGCAAUACCACCUCUGAUGUUCCAGUACAGAACUCUCCUGGUUAUGCUGAUGGUUAUAGUGUUAAUAAGAGACAGUCAAAUAGAGGAAUUGCUGCCUAGCUGGAUCAUUUCAGUUAUCAUGAUAUAUUAAGUGGAGAUAUUCCGGUGACUCAGGUGAAUUGUGAAUUUCAUGCAUCCUCUCUUUAGUAUAUUUCAGUUAAAACAAAUUGGUUAUCUAGAGCUAACUGGAGUGCUCGAAGAAUUAAAUUUAGAGAUAGAAGUUAUAAGGUUUUGUGUUAAGGGUUGAGUUUUGAGUUACAAUUUAGGUUUUUUUGUUUCUGUUCUUUGAUUGAGAUGUAAAAUCAGCUUGCGGGAUAUAGUCGAACUGUAUCAUGCAUCUCUGGUGAGGCCGGCGAUACAAAAAGAUUUAGACUUUUUUUACCCCCUAGUUUUUUACGCCCUGUAAUUUCUGGCUAAGUUGUGGAUUUUUCAGUUAUGUCUUCUUGUUUUUCCUACUUCCCAUUAAUGGGGAUUAUUUUUCAGCAGAUUGUACCCCCCAGAUUCUUGUUUAUUUUACUAGUGUGAUACGUUCAAGGGAUACCCAUCUAGGGUCCCCCAUGAAUAAGUUAGCAACAUAAUAUUAUUCUUUUUCCAUUUC